AUGACUUCAACUCCCUGGGCAGCCGGUCGAUGGCGACAUGCCCUACGUUCGGUUCGAGCACUCGUAGUGGUUCGGCAAUGCCUCCCGUAUGAUCCCUUCAAGCUGCGGAAGACGCUGUUGGACGCUAGUCGACGACAACAGAAGGACGAUGUCCUGACCAUCUGCCAACAGGUGGCCGUCCCUAAUUCCGCGAUAGAUGCGUCUCGCCGGAUGCAGCUGCUCACAACGGCGUUACACCGUCUGGUCAAGCAUUUCCAUGGAGCUCAUGCAGGGCUCGUCGAUGCUCUCUGUGAUGAGGUAUCAAGAUCUCUCCGAUUGACUGAUAUUAAGACCAAUGAGAUCGCUGACGUUUUAUGGUCCAUCGGAAUGGUUGGCCCUGGUCCCUCACGUACUGGUCUUCUCAAUGCCCUAAGACCCGCCAUCAUUCCUUUGCUCAAGGAGGCUUCCUCGAGUCAACUCAGUAACGUCGCAUGUGCCAUAGCUAAGUUGGACCUGGACUGGCACGAUGAGGUCCGCGAAGUGCUGUCACAGUGCAGAGACCGGCUCGGCGUUCAGGGAACCCCCGCUGGUGUGGUAUCCAACAUGUGCUGGGCUGCCGCACGAUCUGGUGUUCGUGAUGAUGCCUUCCUCCGUGAGGCAGCAGCGAUGUGGUUGUCUCGAGAUCCAGCAUUAGUACCGCCGUCAGCAACGGCAAUGCUCUUCUGGUCACUAGGCAAGCUUGCCCCCGAUGAACCCUAUGUAACGGACCUCUUCUCAACCGCCCGAGGCCAUCCGCAACUCAUAGCCGACUUCGGUUUACGAGAAUGUUCGUCGUUUCUCUGUGGCUACGCCUAUGUCGCUACGACAGCACCAUACGAGGGAAUCUUCAAGGUCGCGAUGGCAUCUCUAAAGGGAGGCCCCAGAAGUCACCCCUCGACACAGACGAUAACUAACUGUUGUUGGGCGUCGGCGACUCUGGCGAAGCACCACGAGUCGAUAAAGUCAUCAGCGAGCUGCCUAGUGGGUAGUUUGGUGGCUCUGGUGUUGAACCUCCAAAUCGACGCUUUCAGUCCUCAGGAAGUAUCCAAUAUUCUCUGGUCGACAGCACUGCUCCUCGGUAAGGACAUUGUAGUCGACUUGGCAAAGUUUCUGCUACCUCACACGCCUGAACAGAUCCUUGCAUACACUGCCCAGGACCUAGCGGUGUGUAUGGCCGCUCUGACUCAGGCUGACUCGCUCGGUGAUUUCGAGAGUCCUUUUGUCAAGUGCGCACUGCAAAGAAUUGAGCAGAGCAUCUUUGAUUGGCCUUCGGAUGCUACCCACGUACAUGCCGUAGGGCAACUGGCUUGGUCCAUCGCUGGUCGUCCCUUUGGAGAGAUCACCCCUCUCGUGGAAUGGGCUACUGCCAACCCGGUUAAUGCUGAAGCCUUUGUAAAGGUCCUCUGGUGCACAGCUUCAACACCCGAGGCCCAGCAGGGUUCUCUAUGGGACUCGAGAAAGCUCGUACUCUUCCUCGAUGGUUUCACAGAGAGACACCUCAGCGAGUCUUCCCACUUCAAGCAGCAAGAGCUCGCCUUGAUAACCUGGUCUCUGGCCACACUACGGAUCUCCCAUCAAAUGCUCGAGGAGCAUUGCUGUCAUCAGGCCAAGGACCUCCUGCUUACUUCUGGCAUCACUAGCUCACACCUUUCAAUGCUCCUCUGGGGCUUGGCAUCAAACUAUCACACUUCUGCUCCAGCUAGUGAGCUGAUACAGGAAGUUGUAGCGCGUGUUCGGUCCAGAGAGCUCCGCUUUGCUGCGGCUGACUCGUUUCACGUUGCGUGGUCUUUGGCCGCCUUCGACGUCUUUGACCCGCAGUCGCUUGAGGUCCUCCUGUCGGCGGCAGCUACGUUCGAACUAGACGGAGCCGCUCUGCAGAAGAUCAACCAAGUCUCGAUGUGGUCCUCGUCCCACGGUUACGAACCCACCCCUAUGAUAGUCGAACUAUUUCAUAGAGCUGCGGGGUCGGCCCAGCGAGAUGCCAGCGUUAUCGAUAGUGCAUUUCAAGACCAAGUCACAACUUGUUUGCGACGAGCAAUAGGCAACAGUGACUAUGAGUAUAGGGUGGUGUCAGAAAUGGACCUCACUAAUCUGGGGUGCCCAGGAGUCAUAGUAGAUCUGGCAGUGACUCGAUGCGAGUCUGCCGAUGAGUGUUCACGGGACGAGGAGCUCCCUCUGAUCAUUGAAGUCGAUGGGCCUUGGCACUACGUCCGCUCAAUAGGGACGAGUUUACCCCCCGGUCAGAAGUUGUGUGGGAAAGCCGUGUUGAGACGGAACGCGCUGAGGCGGCUCGGGUAUGAUGUAGAGGAGAUCAGCUUCGCUCAGUGGAGUCGGUUGGGUAGAGAGGAACGGCAAAAGUAUAUUGAGUCUAUUCUAAAAGGACGAUUGAAUGCACGAUGA